AAGGGGGGCGGAUGGGUGAGUUGGAUAAGGCGUCACUUGGUGAUCGGGGCACCUUGAGAUCCGAGUUCAACUCUCCUGGUGAGCAUAGUUGCUCCCACAUCCGGGCACGCACCACUACACGAACAGUUCACACCUCUUCCUAAAUCGCCUAACAAAUCGCUCAACAAGUACGCAUAUAAAAAUGAUGGUACUUCCAUCGCCCUCUUCCACACAAAAUACACACUACAACAUUUACACUGCUCAUAUGUGCGACUCACCUUGUACGACUGCGUACGCCGGUGCGGAAGGUCUUCGUUGUACAGAAGACCAGUUGCUGCAACAGCAGCACAGCACCCAUUCCCUAAAUCAAAUCAAAUCAUGAAGGAUUAACAACGAAAUGCAUUUCUAGAACUGCUAAAUGAUAACGUAAAACAUGCAAAUGUUACACAUUGCAUUCCAACUAACUUACCUGGCAGUUGCUUCAAACUUUGGAUCAAUUUUCACUGUUCUGAUAUGUUGUGCAGCAAUGAUCCUUCUUAUCCGGCAGUUCAGACUUCAUGAGUUUGAACUUGCUGUGACAUCAGUUGUAGAGGUAAAACAACCAGCUCAGGAACAGUUCUUAGCUAAAGUUAAUUUACCAUUUUCAUUGGAAAUAGGAAAAUUUGACUCCAGUGGAUUAGAUAGCCAUCAUCUAACUUUGUACUCCACCAGCUACUUUCCAUGUCUUUUUGUUGUUUGCAGACAAAUGUCAGCCGACAAAGUAAAAGUCUUGGUUAAUGAACCAUGGCAAAAGUUUAUUGAAAUAUUCACAACUGAAGAGAAAAUUUUACCUAAUAUGCAGAUAUAUGCCAAAGAGGAUGUUCAUUUAUCCAAGCCUUUCUUAAUACAGUGUCCGAUUAGUCAAUUGCCAAGAUUGACAUACGCCUUUGUCACUUUUCACAUCAGAACAGAUGUUGAAUGUAUCAGAGAUGAAGAACCAGCAGCCAUAAUCACUAUUCUCCAUAUUCCAGACCGUUAUUGCAACGCUCCGGCAACGACUUUGUGUCAGUACCUGAAAUUCAAAGGCGGCCGGGUCUUAAACCUUAAGCCGUUGUAUUCACAGGAGAAGAAUGAAAGUACAGAUGAAGAUGACUCAAUGCGGAGAUUUCUCAAAGAAGGCAACGUCAGCUGCAUUAUCUGUUGGAAUUUACCGACUACACAUGUUUUGCUGCCUUGCAGACAUGCUUGUCUCUGUGCGAAUUGCUUCAAGCGCGUAGAAAAUUGCCCCAUUUGUCGAAGUCGUGUCAUUUCGUUCUUUGUAAUCUAGUACAAAUAUGUCUCGAGAAAUACCCGUUUAAAACCAUAUAUUUCCACAAUUGCACGAAAAUGGUUAACACAAAAAAAAAACACAGCUAUUACAAAGCUGGGAGUAUUUUAAGAAUCCAUCCGCUCCCUGAUCUUCAUUUAUAAUUAUUUCUCAUUUACAUCUUUCAAACUGCAGGAAAAAAAACUAAGUCUAGUAUGAAAUAUGGCCCUUUCAGUAAUCAGAUUGUUCCAAAUUCAUUUUUUGUUAGAGAGAAAUUGUUUGUUGAACGUACUAACCAUAGACCACCUGUUCACCUGCGUUUCAGAAGGGGCGAUGAUGACGUGUGCUGCAUUUUGUGCCAGUCCCACCUCGCCCCUUUGCACAGGUGUUAGCUGUGUGCACUGCACCACGUGUAUCACUUGCACGAACGUGGCGUACCAGCUGAUCGAUGCAUUCAAUAAUGUCAUAAAUGUUAAAAAAGUCUGAUUUAAAAAUAAAUAUUUAUUUUGAGCCCUC